AUGGCAAGCAACGAUGCCUCCUACAUAAUCAUCGGCGCCGGUGUCUUUGGCGUUUCCACCGCCUUGCACCUGAUUCGAAAGUACCCCCAGGCCUCAGUGACGAUCGUCGACCGGGAUGCCUUCGACGCGGACAGCCGGGUGGCGGCGUCGUGGGACUGGAACAAGGUGGUGCGCGCCGACUACGACGACAUCACGUACUGCCGGUUGGCGCUGGAGGCGCAGGACGUCUUCAACGCGGACCCGCUCUGGCAGCCGCACUUCCACGAGACGGGCAUCUUCUGGAUGGCGCGUGAUGACUACGCCGAUGAGGUCAUCCGCAACUACCGCGCACUCGGCCGCCGGGCAGACCUGGCCAGCGUCUCUGUGAGCGAGGCUCGCAAGAUGCACGGCGGGCUGUUCCAGAAUGCAGACUACGGCGGCGUCAAGAACGUGCUGGUGAACAAGACGAGCGGGUGGGUGGCCGCAGGGGACUGCCUCCGGAGCGUGACGCGCGCCGUCCUGGCGCUGGGCGUGAAGUACGUGGUCGCCGAGGUGGCGGCGCUGACGCUCGGUCCGAACGGAGAGUGCACGGGAGUUCUCACGAAAUCGGGCGAGAGCCUCGUCGCAUCCCACACGAUCGUGUGCGCGGGCGCGUACACCCCCAAGCUGCUCGAGAUGUCAGCGGCCGAGACGGGCGUGCCAGAGCUGAGGGCCGGGCACCGCAUCGUCGCCGGCGGUAUCACGACGGGCAUGACGACUCUCAACGACAGUGAUUUUGCGCGGCACGAGAAUAUGCCGGUCGGUGUGCAGUGGUACUCUACCCAUGCGCCCUUCAUCGGCAGCCUCCCCCCGACGCCCGACCGAGAACUAAAGUGGUGGGGUCAGACCAUCUUCCGGAACACGACCGAGAUCGCCCCCGGAAGGCUCAUCUCCAUGCCGCCCCCGCAGGAGGACUACAACCAGUGGAUCGUCUCGGACAAGCUGAAGCAGGACAUCCGUCACGCCAGCCACGUCUUUUAUGGCGAGCCCAGCAAGAGCUGGAAGCUGGACAAGUAUCGCAUCUGCUGGGACGCCUUCACCACGAGUUCCGACUUCAUCAUCUCGCCGCACGCGGCGGCCAGGGGCCUGUACCUCGCGACGUGCGGCUCCUUCCACGGCUACAAGUUCUUCCCGGUGCUGGGAAAGUACGUCGUGCAGAUGCUCGAGGGCGAGCUGGCGCCGGAGCUGCAGGCCAAGUGGGCGUGGGACCGCCAGCGUCCGGACCCGGCGCGGAACCCGGACUGGCCGCGGGUGGAGAUGAGGAGCUACCUGGACGACAACAUCACUGCGAAGCUGUAG